AUGUACGAGGACGUCCAGGAUGAGCCUCUGUACGACGACGCUGAGGAUGACGUCGACCUGCCUGAGCUCGACCCCGACAUGCACGCCGACCCCGAGCACCACUGGGAUAUCUCCACGAUGACGCUCGACAUGAAGAACGCCUUCCUGCAGAGCAAGCUCGACCGGGUGCUGUACAUGUACCAGCCGGACUACUUCAACGACGGAACCGACCGGGUGUGCAAGCUGCUGAAGAGCAUCUACAGGCUGAAGCAAUCGCCGCUGUUGUGGUACAAGGCGCUCGACGACGUGCUGAUGGGCGCUGGCUGGAAGAAGAGCCAGGUCGGCCAGGUGCUGUACUUCAAGGUCGGCGGGGAUGGCGUGGCCUGCUGGGUGCUGGUCUACGUCGACGACCUGCUGGCCGCCAGCAGCAGCACGGACAUGCUGAGGGAGCUGAAGGAGCUGCUGGAGGCUGCCUUCGAGCUGCGUGAGAUCUUGCCGGUGGACAGGCACCUCGGGCUGGAGAUCGUGCGCAACAGGUCGGCGAGGAAGCUGUGGCUGCACCAGCAGGGCUACGCCGACAAGCUGCGUAGGCGCUUCAUCGACGAGGACCAGACCGGGCGCACCCUGAAGACGCCGGUCUCGGUUGACGCCUACGACGAGCUGACGUUCGACAACGAGGAGGCCCAGGAGCGCCAGGAGGAGGAGUACCGGCAGAAGGUCGGCUCGCUGCAGUUCGCGGCGACGACGACGAGGCUGGACAUCGCCUUCGCCUGCAGCAAGCUGAGGAGCGGCCUUACGGUGAGGAGCGACCAGCACUGGCGUGAGGUCGACCGCUGCCUCUCCUACCUCGCCAGCACGCAUGACACCGCCCUGGAGUUCGGCGGUGGACCUGAGUCGCUGGAGCUGGUCGGCUACGUGGAUGCCGACGAUGCCGGUGACAAGCAGAACAUGACAAGCACGGGCGGCUACGUGUUCGUCUACGGAGGGGCCGCAGUCUCCUGGUCGAGCCAGCGCAUCAAGUGCGCGACGAUGUCGUCGACCGAGUCGGAGUACGUGGCGGUCACGGAAGCCGGCAAGGAGGGACGUCGACUUCGCUUCCUCCUCGCAGAGUUCCAGCAGUUGGAUGCUGGGAAGCCGACUGUCCUUCGGGUGGACAACAAGUCGGCCAUCACGGUCGCCGAGGGCAUGGGGUUGACGGGCAACCUCAAGCACAUGGAGCGGCGACAGGCCUGGCUGCAGCACAUGGUGAGGCGUGGGAAGUUCUCGCUGAGGUACAUCCCGACCACCGAGCAGCCGGCCGACUUCCUGACGAAGGCGCUGCACUAUCCGGCCUUCAACCGGUGCUCCGUCGCCAUCGGCCAGGUGCGCUUGGCCGACGUGGGCAACGAAGAUGACGACGUGCAGCAGUAG